CUUCGUCUCCAGCUCUGGGUAAGGAGUGUGUGUGGAUCAGACCGAGAGCAUCAGACACUCACAGCAGACGUGCACGCUCCACUAUCAGCUUAAACGUAAACACAGGUGAAAAUGGGCGUGUCUAGAGUUCUGCUCGGCCUCGCCCUCCUCACGAGUCUAUUGGCUGCCGCUGUCAUGAGUCACGAGGGGGCGUGUCUACGGGACGGGAGACACAAGGCCACGCCCAGUCCAGAGCGUCAUCUGAAGCAGUGCUCGCUCUACAGGGAGAACUCGUGUUGUUCAGAGACAGAUGUCCAGGAUCUGUCCAGCGAGGACAAGUCUUUCUGGGAUAAGUGUGGUCUCCUCAGCCCUCUCUGUGAGUCUUUCCUGAAGCGCGUCGCCUGUUUUUACCGCUGUUCUCCUGAUGCUGCUCGCUGGACACACCCACAUCGAGACUCCUCCCUGAAGGCGGUGCCUCUGUGCCACAGCUUCUGCAGAGACUGGUAUGAGGCCUGUAAAAUGGACAUGACAUGUGCUCGGGACUGGACCACUGACCCCCGCGGACAGAACUGCAGCGGCGGCUGUGUGCCCUACCAACAGAUGUACCAGCAUGGACGUGACCUCUGCGAGAGUCUUUGGGGAGAAGCUUUCAUGACAGUUGAAGACGACCCCGGGGAGGAAGACGGUGUUGAAGGCAAUAGCUGCGGCUGUCUGACCCUCAGUCCGUCUGAUCGAGAGGUGAUCGCAGCUCUGAGGGUUCAGGAAGGAGACCCUGAAGAACUGGACACCACCAAGAGCGGCCUGCCGCAGUACAGAGCCCCCUGCCCUCCCGCAGGGCCUCGAGCACGCAGCGCCACAGCGCCACCUCAGGCCCGGAGGAGCAGUGCCAAGGCUGUACUGCGCAAACGCUCAGUGCUCACCAGCGACACGGAGGGCAGCGGGAGCGGCUUCUAGGAGAAAUGUGAUAGAUCUGCUAAAUGUUUGUUAAUGAGCAUUUUAUCUUAUCAGUUGAAUUUACAGUAAACUAAUGCAGUGAGGUUCCUACAGUGUUGUCUAUUUAACACAGUCAGCAAAACAGUCCUCUGUGAACUAAAGAUACUUCUGUAAAAUGACAUUCUGCUAAUUUUAACCUGUUGACCUGUUAAAGGCAACAUGAAGAGUUGAAUUUAGGUCUGGAUAACACUUUACAGUAAGAUUUUGAUUGUUAACAUUAGUUAAUGCACCGUAAAUUAACAUGAACAUUAACAAACAUUAAAGAAGAUUAGAAAAUGCUGUAGUAAAAUAAUAAUAAUAAUAAUAAUAAUGUUAAUGUUAGGUAAAAGGUAGUCACAUUUACCAUUGUAGAAACAAUUUUUACUCAGAAAUUGUUAGUACAGUAUAUUUAACAAACUAUUUAAAAGAAAGGGCACAUAAAACUUUGAAUUCAACUUGAAAUCUAAACAUAGAAAGUAGUAUUUGCUUGUAAAACACUCCUAAAAUAUUAAGGCUAGGCUAACUUCUCUGCGUUAACUAAUGCUAACAAAGAGGAGCUUAUUGUAAAGUGUUAAAGUAAUUAGAAAUGCGUCACAUUACAUCAAUAAAUGAGUUUCAU